GAGGGGCGGAUCGCCGGGUGGUUGUUAGCCAAGAUGGCGGUAGCGAUCGCUGUGCCGAGGGUCUGGGGGCCAAGCCGCGGCCUGAGGCAGGCUGCCCUCCUGCUGCUGCGGCGGCCUGGACCUCGGGGGAUUGCUAGAAAUCACCUCCAUAGGCAGCAGCAGCAGCAGCAGUUCUCAUCGUUGGAUGACAAGCCCCAGUUCCCAGGGGCCUCAGCGGAAUUUAUAGACAAGCUCGAAUUCAUCCAGCCCAAUGUCAUCUCUGGAAUUCCCAUCUACCGCGUCAUGGACCGGCAGGGCCAGAUCAUCAACCCCAGCGAGGAUCCCCACUUGCCGCAGGAGAAGGUGCUGAAAUUGUACAAAAGCAUGACGCUGCUCAACACCAUGGACCGCAUCCUCUACGAGUCUCAGCGGCAGGGCCGGAUCUCCUUCUACAUGACCAACUAUGGAGAGGAGGGGACACACGUGGGGAGUGCAGCCGCCCUGGACAACACGGACCUGGUGUUUGGCCAGUACCGGGAGGCAGGUGUGCUGAUGUAUCGGGACUACCCCCUGGAACUGUUCAUGGCCCAGUGCUAUGGCAAUGUGAGCGACCUGGGCAAGGGACGCCAGAUGCCUGUCCACUACGGCUGCAAGGAACGUCACUUUGUCACCAUCUCCUCUCCACUGGCCACACAGAUCCCUCAGGCAGUGGGGGCGGCCUAUGCGGCCAAGCGGGCCAACGCUAACAGAGCUGUCAUCUGUUACUUCGGCGAGGGGGCAGCCAGUGAAGGGGACGCCCACGCUGGCUUCAACUUCGCCGCCACACUUGAGUGCCCUAUCAUCUUCUUCUGCCGGAACAAUGGCUACGCCAUCUCCACGCCCACCUCCGAGCAGUAUCGUGGGGACGGCAUCGCGGCACGAGGCCCUGGGUAUGGCAUCAUGUCGAUCCGCGUGGAUGGCAACGACGUGUUCGCUGUGUACAACGCCACACGGGAGGCCCGGCAGCGGGCUGUGGCAGAGAACCAGCCCUUCCUCAUCGAGGCCAUGACCUACCGGAUCGGGCACCACAGCACCAGCGACGAUAGUUCAGCAUACCGCUCAGUGGAUGAGGUCAAUUACUGGGACAAGCAGGACCACCCCAUCUCCCGGCUGAGGCACUACCUGCUGAGCUGUGGCUGGUGGGACGAUGAGCAGGAGAAGGCCUGGAGGAAGCAGUCUCGCAAGAAGGUGAUGGAGGCCUUUGAGCAGGCUGAACGGAAGCUGAAGCCCAACCCCAACCUCCUCUUCUCAGAUGUGUAUCAGGAGAUGCCCGCCCAGCUUCGCAAGCAGCAGGAGUCCCUAGCCCAUCACCUCCAGACCUAUGGGGAGCACUACCCCCUGGACCACUUUGAGAAAUGAGGCCUGGUCACCACACCCCUGCCUACCCUCAACUAUCCUGACAAGUAGCCCCACUCUGAGGGGAGGAGGGAGAGCUGGUAGGACUCUACCCCCUUCCCCAGCCAGCUCUCUCUAAAAUGCUCAGGGGCCAGGGUGGCACCUGAAACUGUAAUGAGGGCAGCUCCUGCCCCGAUCCCUGCUCCUCCAGGCUAUUAUAUUUGGAGGGGCGGGGCAUGUUUGCAGCAGUUGCUGAGGCUCCAGCAGCACCCCUACCUUAUCUGUUGUUACAGUGCCUUCUCCCACGGUCUGGGCAAGGGAGUCUCUAGGACUAGGAGCCCUUCUGGCCUGGGGGCGGGCUGGCAGGUCAGCCUAUGGAACUUGGUUUGCAGUGAGAGGCAGUCUGCAGAAAUGGUGAAUAAACUGUGUCUCUGUAUUUGGCUCUGCACCA